AUGGGCUGCACAUCUGCCAUUGUCUUCACCUGCUUUGGUGCCGCCUAUGGAACUGCGAAGUCCGGCGUCGGUAUCUCUGCCAUGGGUGUCCUUCGACCUGAUCUUAUUGUCAAGAACAUCGUCCCCGUCAUUAUGGCUGGUAUCAUCGGUAUUUACGGCCUGGUCGUUUCGGUCUUGAUCUCCGACAACCUGUCCCAGAAAGAAGCACUCUUCACAAGCUUCAUUCAACUCGGUGCUGGCCUCUCAGUCGGUCUCUCCGGUCUUGCUGCUGGCUUCGCUAUCGGUAUUGUUGGUGAUGCUGGCGUGCGUGGUACCGCUCAGCAGCCCCGCCUCUUCGUCGGAAUGAUUCUGAUCCUCAUUUUUGCCGAAGUCUUGGGACUGUAUGGAUUGAUUGUUGCUCUGUUGAUGAACUCAAAGGCUCAGACCGAUGUCCACUGCUAG